GCCCCCGCACCAGCGUUUGACUCUGCGGUCUUCCGCGAGUUCAUGCUAUCCGUGCUGCCCCCUCUUAUGGCGGCGAGCCCGCAGGACUUGGAAUCGAUAUUUGAUGACGACUUUGACGAGCGGGUGUCGCGUUUCGCGGCGGAGGGAGGGGGCGCGAUGUACGUUGUGAAGACGAAGGACGAGGUGGAAGACGAUGCACCACCAACAUAUACCUACAAGCUCACCCCGCAAUUGAAUUAUACCCCCUCCCAUGUUAUGACUAUCUCCCUUAUUAAGCGUGGACCGACACUAGACCCCCUCACCCCUCUCGCCUCACAGUUGCACAUCCUCAAUCUUUUCGGCGGCGAGGACACCCCUUACGAGAGUCUGCACGCGCUCAUUAGCAAUGGCGUCAAGUCCUGGUUUGACGCGUUCGUGGGUGCGCGGGGAGGCGGAAAGGAGGGUGACAGCAAAAUGGGCAUACCGAUGACGAAGAAGAAAUUCGCGGAGCUCGAGCUGUCCCUCCUCCAUCUCCAGCAGAACGUGGAGAUCCCCGAGACCCAUCUUAUCAUCCAUCCAGUCAUCCAGAAAGCCGUCGAGCAGGCGCACGCCGCCGGCGUCCGCCCGAACAUCUCGCAUAUCCCGCCGAAACUCCUCAACGACAGUACCUUCCUCAAUACCUUGCAUGCGCACGUCAACUCGUGGAUCAAGUCUAUCCAGGCGGUCACGAAGUUGACGAGAGACGUCUCCUCUGGGACGGCGUCGCAAGAAAUCAACUUCUGGCUAAGCUUGGAGCGCGCCCUGGAGGGUAUCGAGGCGCAGUUACGGAGCGAAGAGGUUAACAUGGUUAUGGACUGUCUACGAAAUGCGAAGCGAUUCCAUGCCACCGUUAGUUUCAUCGCGGAUACGGGCUUGAAAGACGCAACCGACAUCGUGCACAAAUACAACCAGCUCAUGAAGGACUUCCCCCUGAACGAGCUCCUCUCCGCCACCGACCUUGACAAGAUCCAGGAGUCCCUCGUGCUCAUCUUCGGGCACAUCAACCGCAAGCUCAAGCUCUCGCCCUACCCGAUCCGGCGCGCCCUGCCCCUAGUCGAGGCCAUCUCGCGCGACUUCAACGACCAGCUCCUGCGCGUGCUCACCUCGCACCGCCUCCCCUUCCAGCCGUACGACACAUUCGAGCGCCUGCUCGCGCAGACGAUGAACAUCUUCAGGACAUGGGACGAUUUGAUCAAAGAGUUCACGAAUGUCGCGCGGGAGGUGACGAGGAAGCGGAGCGAAAAGUUCAUUCCUAUUAAGGUCGUGCCCGCGCACGCGAAGCUGCAGGAGAGGGUGCGGUACUUGAGGGAGUGGAGGAAGCAGCAUGAGCAGCUGGCAGUCAUGACGGGGCCGACGAAGGGGCUUGGUGGGAUGGAGGUUGGCGGGAUGGAUAUGGAGGAGGAGGUGAAGGAGGCUUAUGAGGUGAUGAAGCGGAUCGACGUCCUCGAUGUUUCUACUGAGGGCACCGAGAUCUGGGUCGCUGCUGAGAACGCAUAUAACGAGCGGGUCGCGCGGGUGGAGAACCAGAUUAUCGCUCGGCUGCGGGACAGACUGGGUACUGCCCGUAACGCCAACGAGAUGUUCCGCGUGUUCUCCAAGUUCAACGCUCUCUUCGUCCGGCCAAAGAUUCGAGGAGCUAUUCAGGAGUACCAGACCCAGCUGAUCGAUUCCGUCAAGGAAGAUAUCAAGCGGCUCCAUGAGAAGUUUAAAACUCAAUACCGGUUUUCGGAAGCCUACCAUAUGUCACAGAUGCGCGACCUACCACCAAUAGCAGGCGCAAUAAUCUGGGCGCGCCAAAUUGAACGUCAAUUACUAACGUAUAUGAAGCGGGUAGAGGACGUGCUGGGCAAGGGAUGGGAGCUCUAUGCCGAGGGCCAAAAGCUCCAGUCUGAAAGUGCCGCGUUCCGGAAGAAGCUCGACACUCGGCCGGUAUACGAGGCAUGGCUGCACGACAUCAAUCGUCGCGACAUGGGCGUGAAUGGACGGCUGUUUGAGAUCGUCCGGUUACGUGGGGGCGGCUUUCAGCUUGCGGUAAAUUUCGACCCGCAAAUUAUCACGCUGUUCAAGGAAGUGCGGAAUCUCUUGUGGCUAAACUUCCAGGUCCCCCAUGCCAUCACGAACAUGGCCAAGGACGCGAAGAGGGUAUACCCGCAUGCUGUUAGUCUUAUGGAGACCGUGCGCACGUACGGGCAGACACUCGACCUUGUGGAGAAUAACAAGGGCAUCGAGUGGCUGGUUGCUGAGUACAGGAAUGAGGCUCAGCGUAUGGUCGCGAAAGGCAUGAAUAUCCGGUGGGAUUACUUUGUCAACCAAUACGACACUCCGAGAUACGUCUCCAGUGCGGAUAGCCGAGGAGACAAUCGACAUAUCCAGUUUGUUCGAGAGGUCGCCAGUGUCGUCUCGAUUCUUCAGGACAAGACGAAUAGUGUGAUCGACUUAUACAAGGAUAUCUCACGAGCCAUCGACGACCUGGCAACAUGUCCGUAUACUAGCGAGGCAUUCACAGAACUGCUCACCAAGAUCCAAGCCGCUAUCGACCGACUGAACUUGGAAGGAUACGCUAACCUUGAGCACUGGGUGGCUGAGCUAGACAAGCGGAUAGAAGGAAUCCUCUUGCAGCGGCUCAUGCACAUCAUCCAGCUCUGGUGUACUGAGUUCGACCGCACUGAUGAUGGCGAUCGGCGAGAACCUCUGGCUCUUCGGGAUAUCACGAACAAACGGCGAGCAGAGAAGCGAAAGGAGGAAAAGACCGUGGAGGGCACUGUGACCUUGAAACCCAUCGUGCAUGAGAUCCGGAUACAAAACCAAGUUAUCUUCCUUGAUCCGCCAAUAGAGCAUGCCCGCAAGACGUGGAUCCGACAACUGCACGACUGGCUGGGCGUCGUCUGUCGGCUCAAGCGGAUACAGAGCUCAAGAUAUGAGAUCGGUCUGCAAAUGCAAGGUACGACAGUCUCCGAUACUACAUAUACGUCAUUAUUGACCCAUUUCCCCGAUAACACGCUUGAGCGGCCGUUCGCUCUGAUCGAAAACAAGGUGCAGCAGCUUAAAGACUACGUCGGCAAAUGGUUGCAAUUCCAGUCGCUAUGGGAUCUGGAAGCGGAAUACGUAUUCAACCGCCUGGGCGACUCACUAGCACAUUGGCAGCAAUUACUUACGGAGAUCAAGAAAGCCCGGUCAACGUUCGACACGUCCGAAACCCAGAAAUCUUUCGGGGUGUGCGUCAUCGACUACGAGCAGGUCCAGGCCCGUGUCAAUGCCAAGUACGACGCCUGGCAAAGGGAUAUCAUGAACCGCUUCGGCGUCAAGCUAGGCAACGCCAUGAAGGAGAUGCACGCUGCAAUCCUGAAGGCGAGGAAUGACUUGGAGCACCACUCAAUAGAGGGUUUGGUGGGAGGUGCUCGUAGAUUCUGAGGGACUUGGGCUUGCGGUAUUCAGUCAUUCAUUACUGUUUUCUGAUUCAUCUUCAUGACCACGUUACUUAUGUACGCAAUCACUUUCUCUUUGCAUCUUGACACGCAUGUACUGGAUAAUAACGACUAAUGAGACGCAUUUCCCC